AUCUUUGAGGAUGAAAGCAUGAAACUACGACAGCUGAAACUAGAGAAUCAGAGAGCUCUUCUAGAGAAGAAACAGAGAAAGAAACGUCUUGAUCCCUUGAUGGUACAGCCAAAUCCUGAGGCAAAGCUGCGUAGGUCAAAGCCCAAAGGGUGUGAGGAGCAGACUCCUUUAGUAGAAACUCCUACCCCUUUACACAGUGAUGUUAUGUUACAUGGCAUUGAUGGACCAGCUGCUUUCCUGAAAUCAGAGGUGCAAGAUUUAGGGACCAAGCUCCAAACUCUUUCUGCUGGAUCUUCCAAAACGGAAGACAAAGCAGACCAGGAAAAUGAUGGAGAGGCUCUACCAGACACAGCAGGCAAGCCAGAUCUGCAAGAAAUCUUACAGAAACGAGGAAUUUCAGACAGCUUGAAUUUUGAUGAGGAAGACACAGAAGAGGAAGAAGCCAGUAAGAGACCAGAAUCUCAUUCACCAUGUCCCGACUCUGAGAGGCCUAGUUCUGCAGCCGGUGAAAAAUCUUUUGCAGAAACAGGUGCUUCCUGUAAUCCAUCCCCUCAGGCAGAGGCACAGCUGGGAGAAGUAGAGAACUUGGAGGAUUUUGCGCUACGCCCUGCACCCCGUGGUAUUACAGUCAAGUGUCGUAUCACUAGAGACAAGAAGGGAAUGGACCGGGGACUCUUCCCUACUUAUUACAUGCAUCUGGAAAGGGAUGACAACAGAAAGACGUUCCUUCUUGCAGGGAGAAAACGAAAAAAGAGCAAAACAUCCAAUUACCUCAUAUCAGUGGACCCAACUGAUUUAUCCCGGGAAGGGGAAAGUUUCAUUGGAAAACUCAGGUGA